AUGGCUCAGGAACUAGGAGGUACUGGCAUCACUGCACUUCACUUCACGAUGAAUGUCGAGAAAGUGAAGGUGAAAGCCAAACGGAAAACUGUAGUGACUAAGCAUGGAGCGCGCUUGCAAAUUCCAUGUAUGAAGCCUUUGCACGGCCUUCUCUUCAACAGGCAACAGCAGCAGCCGCCAACAGACUAA